CCUGCAUCCUAAUUGGCGAGCUGGGGGGUUGGAUGUGGGCCCACUUAGGCAGGUGCUGAAUCCUCAAAGAUAACAUAAUCCACAUCCAGACUCUCCUCGGGGUUGUGGCCCGAGUCCAGUUUUGUUCUCUGGCUUCUAAAGAAAUCAUCUGGCCCGGGUCUGGAUUCUGAGCUGUGGGCUAACCGGUCCCAGUCUCCGUGGCAGGUCCCGACUCGUAGGCCUCCCUCCUGUCGGGGAAAAGGCGCAGGCGCCCCACGCUUUAGCAGGAACUUCCUAGCGACCAGCCACAGCUUAGCGCCGAGCGUCCUGCGGGGUGGGUGGGUUAAAGUGGGCGGUCUAAAGCCCCGAUCAGGCACGGGCUCCUCGGGGCCGCGGCGGCUUUGUUCCUUCCCGAAUGGCGCGCAGGGCUGAGCCCCCCGACGGGGGCUGGGGGUGGAUGGUGGUGCUAUCAGCGUUCAUCCAGUCGGCGCUCGUGUUUGGGGUGCUCCGUUCCUUCGGUGUCUUCUUCGUGGAAUUUGUGGCGGCGUUUGAGGAGCAGGCAGCCAGAGUCUCCUGGAUCGCUUCCAUAGGGAUCGCGGUGCAGCAGUUCGGGAGCCCAAUAGGCAGUGCCCUGAGCACGAAGUUGGGGCCCAGGCCUGUGGUGAUGACUGGAGGCAUCUUGGCCGCGCUGGGGAUGCUGCUUGCUUCAUUUGCUACCUCCUUGACCCACCUCUACCUGAGUAUUGGGCUGCUGUCAGGCUCUGGCUGGGCCCUGACCUUCACUCCGACCCUGGCCUGCCUCUCCCGUUACUUCUCUCGUCGCCGAUCUCUGGCCAUGGGGCUGGCACUGACUGGAGUGGGCCUCUCGUCUUUUGCGUUCGCUCCCCUCUUCCAGUGGCUGAUCAGCCGCUAUGCCUGGCGGGGAGCCCUCUUGCUCGUGUCUGCCCUCUCCCUACACUUGAUGGCCUGUGGUGCUCUCCUCCGCCCACUCUCCCUGACUGAAGACACUUCUGUGGGUGGCCCUGGGUCCCAGCUCACCUCCCUCCUCCGUCACGGCCCCUUCAUCCGUUACACACUUGCCCUUACUCUGAUUAACACUGGCUACUUCAUCCCCUACGUCCAUUUGGUGGCCCAUCUGCAGGACCUGGGUUGGGACCCACUGCCUGCUGCCUUCCUGCUAUCAGUGGCCGCUAUUUCUGACCUCGUGGGCCGGGUGGCAUCUGGUUGGCUGGGAGAUGCCGUCCCGGGACCUGUGGCGCGGCUGUUGAUGCUUUGGACCACCCUGACUGGGGUGUCACUGGUUCUGUUCCCCGUGGCUCAGUCUCCCACAACCCUGGUGGUUCUGGCUGUGACCUAUGGCUUCACAUCAGGGGCCCUGACCCCAGUGGCCUUCUCCGUGAUUCCUGAACUGGUGGGGACUGGAAGGAUUUACUGUGGCCUGGGACUGGUGCAGAUGAUAGAGAGCAUCGGAGGGCUCUUGGGAGCUCCUCUAUCAGGCUACCUCCGGGAUGUGACAGGCAACUACAUGGUUUCCUUUAUGGUGGCCGGGGCCUUCCUUCUGGCAGGAAGUGGAGUUCUUACCACCUUGCCCCAUUUCUUCUCCUGCAUCUCAGCUUCUACCUCCAGACCCCGGGACCUUAGAAUAGAGACACUGGAUACCAAAAUUCCCCUGCCCAAGGAGGAGGGGUUAGGAGAAGACUGAACUCCACCAGGAGACAGUGGUCAUGGAGAGCCAGAGCUUGGCAGCACCGGGUCUUCUACCCCAUCAAGGCAUCCACAGAAGCACAGUGCCUUAGGAUUCUUGAUCUGCCUCCACCAGAGCAGACCUGGGGUUCCUGCGAUUUAUGUGCCAACCCUUUGUAUUUUGUGGACGACUCUCAUAUCACCUCCUUUGUUCUCCCAAGAUUUUUCUGAAGGAUCCAGGAGAUCUCAACCCACUGAGUUCUGAAUCAAAUCUGAAAAUCAAAGGUCGAGGGCCUUCUCAUGAUUUAUAUGUGAUUUCUGGUGUCCCUCGGAUAUAAAACAAAUAAGGAAACUGGACAAUAAUUGUAACCUCAAAAAGAGCCAGAGGCCCAGGUGUUUGGGGCUGCUAAUGGGGUCAUGGCGGAGCAGAGAGGUGGAGAUGUCCAUGAGCUCUGGUGACCCAGAGUUCUUCUCUCCAUCCACUUACCUCCCUCUUCUCCACUAUUCCUGUGAUACAGAAGGAAGAAAAUGAAGAGAAACAUCUAUGUGUGGAGGAAUGUGGCUUGGGAGCACCAGCUGCAACCUAAGAUCCUUGUACUUUUAAGACAAGAGCCUCACCGUGUAGCCCAGGCUGCUCUUGAACUUGAGACCUGGCCUCCUCCCAAAUGCUGAGAUUACAGGUGCUCACAAUCAUA